CGCGGCGAGCCGCAUAGAGCAGCUUCUUUCUCAGCUCCCUCCCGCGCUGCCAGUCAUGUCCCUAAGAAGCAGCCUCUCGCGUCUCCUCCGGACGCGAGUACAGUCCGUCCUGAAUAAGUCCGUUCACUCGGUGGCCGUGAUCGGAGCCCCGUUCUCACAGGGACAGAAAAGAAAAGGAGUGGAGUAUGGUCCUGCUGCCAUUAGAGAAGCUGGCUUGAUGAAAAGACUCUCCAAUUUGGGCUGCCGCCUAAAAGAUUUUGGAGAUUUGAAUUUUACUCCAGUCCCUAAAGAUGAUCUGUACAACAACCUGAUAGUGAAUCCUCGCUCAGUGGGCCUUGCCAACCAGGAACUGGCUGAGGUGGUUAGUAGAGCCGUGUCAAGUGGCUACAGCUGUGUCACAGUGGGAGGCGACCACAGCCUGGCAAUCGGAACCAUUAGUGGCCACGCCCGGCACUGCCCAGACCUUUGUGUGAUCUGGGUUGAUGCCCAUGCUGACAUCAAUACACCCCUCACCACUGCAUCUGGAAAUCUCCAUGGACAGCCAGUUUCAUUUCUCCUCAGAGAACUACAGGACAAGGUACCACAACUCCCAGGAUUUUCCUGGAUCAAACCUUGUAUCUCUUCCCCAAGUAUUGUGUAUAUUGGUCUAAGAGAUGUGGACCCUCCUGAACAUUUUAUUUUAAAGAAUUAUGAUAUCCAGUAUUUUUCCAUGAGAGACAUAGAUCGACUUGGUAUUCAGAAGGUCAUGGAACAGACAUUUGAUCUGCUAAUUGGCAAAAGACAAAGGCCAAUCCAUCUGAGUUUUGAUAUUGAUGCAUUUGACCCUACCCUGGCUCCAGCCACUGGAACCCCUGUUGCAGGGGGACUGACCUAUCGAGAAGGCAUGUAUAUCACUGAGGAAAUACAUAAUACAGGGCUGUUGUCAGCACUGGAUCUUGUUGAAGUCAAUCCUCAGCUGGCUGCUUCAGAGGAAGAGGCCAAGGCUACAGCUAGCCUGGCAGUGGAUGUGAUUGCUUCAAGUUUUGGGCAGACAAGGGAGGGAGGGCACAUUGUCUAUGACCAACUUCCUACUCCCAAUUCACCAGAUGAAUCAGAAAGGGAAGAACGUGUGAGAAUUUAGGAAAUUUUGUGUGCUGACACGUUUGUCACGAAGGACAUUCCAGAAUUAUGAGGCAUUUGAGACACUAAAUGGUCUGGGUCAAUAUUGCCUUAAUGAGAACACUUGCACAUUCUCACAAUUGUAAAGUUUCCUUUCCCUCUCCAUUUUGGUGACCAAUAAUACUACUGUAAAUUUGUGUGUUUUUUGGGAGUUCACAGGGUAUUAAUAUGUUGGAAUACUAUGUAAAUUUAAAGAAGUCAUAAACAGCAUUUAUUAUUAUGUUGGUA